CUCCUUUUCUCUGCCGUCGCGCAACCCAACCUUCCGUCUUUUCGAUCUUAUUCUCGUCGGAUCCCAGUCGCAUAGCUCUCGCGACCACGACCUUGGUGUCUAUUUGACAUAAAUCUCACCUCUUGCGCCUUUUCCACGCGUGUGGUUCACUACCAUUACAGCGAUUGUUGUUGUUGUUUGACUGACGUCACACAAGUUCACUCAAUCCACCACUUGCUCUACUUCGAGUCGACUUCGAGUUCCACCAAUCCAUCAACUUGUACGACUGCAUAGCAUUGCGCUUCGAGUCGCGUCCAUUGCAUUGAUCGCUACUACUAGUCGUAGUACAGCACCAACUGUGCUGCAUCGCUCGCUCCACCAUGGCCGGCGAGGAAGUCGAAAAGGGCGACAAGGUCUCCUGGAACUGGGGCAGCGGACACCCCGGCGGCGUGGUCUCCGAAGUCAAGACCGAGGGCGAACUAGCCAUCACCUCGAAGAAAGGCAACAAGGUCAAAAAGAACGCCGACCCCAGCAACCCGGCGGUCCACAUUGAGCGAUCCGGCAACGACGUGGUCAAGAGAGCCUCCGAGUUGACGGUUGAAGAAAAAGCGAAUGGAUCAGGAUCAGCCGCAACCUCAGGUUCUGGUUCGAAAGACGCAGACGCAGACGCAGAUGCAGAUGCGCAAACCAAAAAGAAUGGCGACGACAAUAGCAGCAGCAACAACAACAACAACAACAAGCGCAAACAUGACGAGGUUGCUGCUGAUGAAGAUGACUCCAAAGACAAGACCGACAAUGACGACGAGGCUGCCGCUGCUGCUACCGCUGAAGAGGCCGAAAACGACAAAAAAGAGGACCAAGAAGACCAAGACAAUGACCAAGAUGAGCCCGAGCCUGCAUUGAAAGAAAAUGCCGAGGGUAAAACCGUCAGGGGCCGCGGCAGACCUGCAGGCAGCGGGAGCGGGAACAAAAAACAAAAGACAGAGGAGAAAAAGCCACGAGGCCGUCCGAGAAAGGACGCCACCGCCGCCGAUUCAAAGGCCAAGCCUGAGCAGCCCUCGACAAAGCAAAAGGAAGCCACCGAAACGGACCAGCAACAACCCGCGAAGAGGAAACCAGGUCGUCCGAAGAAGUCGGAUCAACAACAAAGCAAGAAAAAGGAGCCGACGGCUCGUUCGCUCGAGGGGAUUGGGUCGCGUACCAGGAGUCAGCGAACACGUACGAGGAGUGGAGAGACGGAGUGAAAUGCCACCCAUCCGGUUAUCUGAUUUCAACCAGAGUGUUGCUUUGCUGCCUCAACAUGCAGUGGCGGGAGCGGAAAUGGAAAUGUCAUGGCUUGCCUUGCUCUGCGGUGCGGAAUGGGAAUAUGGGAUUGUCAUUAUGCAGUGGUCAGGUGGAACACAGAUAUGCGCUCAAUAGGGAUGGGAUAGGUUAGAAUCACGAAUCACUUUUUUCGGACCUUAGCCAGGGAGGGUUAGGGGUCAUAGCUGGAUAGAAUCUGGUGUGCUUUUUGCUGGGAUUGUAUCGGGCUGGAUUGACUUGGGCUGGAUCGACUGCGGGUUGGACUGUAUGGGAGCUGAAAGGGACAUUCAAGUUUGUCGAUGCUCCAUCGCAUCGUGCUGGGCUGGGCAGGAUGGGGUCGGGAUAUUGCCCUACCUUACCUGGCCACUUUACAUAGGAGGCCAAUAACAUACGUUGACCAACAUGGCAAAGGGGUCCACGUGCUCUUCUUACCUAGUACCUUGAGAUACAACGAACGUACUGGAUAAAAUAGAUUGAUUGACAGGUCUAUCC